AUGCUGUGUUCUUGGAGACUUGAGGAGAAGCUCCGGCAUCAUUCUGGUAUCAGAGCGAGGAUGGCAGAAGGAAGCAACCGGGUGGCCGCCUGUGAAGAACGCAGCCUAGAUGGCCUGUGGGCCGAACAUAAUAAUCUCGUUAGGAGAACGGAAGAAAUUUCGGCGGAUAUGCACCAUCUCUUUGGGGAAUUAGGCCGGGAGUUAAGGUUGAUCAAUGCUCGUCUCGACAGGAACCAAGCCGCUCGUACACCCGGACCGGUGAAUUUGCCGGCGACGAGACGUGGGUUCGUGGCAGGUCGAGAUUGUCAACGUAAUACGCGGGUUUUGGAAUCGACAGAUUCCGAAGAGGAGAUAAAUCUUGGGCGAUCAGUGGAGCAGUCGGAUUCGGAAGGCGAGAUCAUUCCGAAUCGGAGACGCCGUCAAACCGACAGAGACAGGACUCACGGUGAUUUUCGAAUCAAAUUAGACAUACCAUUUUUUGAUGGUGGAUUGCAUAUCGAGGAUUAUCUCGAUUGGGAAAGGUCGGUUGAAUCGUUUUUCGAGUAUAUGGAAGUUGAGCCGGAACGACAGGUGAAGUAUGUCGCCUGCAGAUUAAGGGGCGGCAUGAGUGCGUGGUGGCAACAAGUAGUUCAAUCCCGGAGACGUGAAGGAAGAGGAGCUGUCCGGAGCUGGUAUCAGCAUUGUUCACAAGGCAGCAAGACGGUGAACGAGUAUACAGAGGAGUUUUAUCAGUUAAGUGCCCGAAACAAUCUUCAAGAAUCUGAAAAUCAACUGGUUGCAAGAUAUAUUGGUGGGUUGAAGGAAUCCAUUCAGGAGAGACUCGAACUCAAUUCGGUUUGGUCUCUUUCACAAGCGGUAAACUAUGCUCUCAAAAUUGAGAUACAAUCCAAAAGGCACACUCAAAACCGGCCGAACCGAAGGAAUUGGAAUCCUCCAGCUGAAGCUAACAGAAACGCAACACCACACCCGACUCAAAUCAGUAAGCCAAUGCCAAGCUCAGUAUCCUCCGGACAACCAGCAACGCCGGGACAGAAGCAGUUUGAGAGGGGCAAUCUGAAAGGCAAAGCACCCAUGAAAGAAAACCCAUAUGCUAAACCUGGCAAUUUCAAAUGUUUCUGUUGUUUUCAGCCGGGCCACAAGUCUAAUGAAUGCCCCACCCGUGCGCAAUUGCAGUUGCUAGAAGGUGAAAUGAUGAAGAAGAAGGGUAAGGUGUGUGAUGUGCUAAUUGAUAGUGGAUGCACGGAGAAUGUUGUUUCUCGUGGUGUUGUGCAAUCUUUACAAUUAAAAAACACAAAGAGCCCGAACCCUUAUAGAAUAAGUUGGGUAAAGAAGGGUAUAGAAAUGUUGGUAACUAACAUGUGCAAAGUUCCUUUCUCCAUCGGCAAGCACUAUGCUAGUGAAGUCUUGUGCGACGUCAUAGAUAUGGACGUGUGCCAUUUGAUUUUGGGGCGACCUUGGCAAUAUGAUGUGGGAGCGAUUUUUGAUGGUCGAGCUAAUACAUAUUCCUUUGAAUGGAAAGGCAAAAGGUUACGGUUGCUGCCCCGGGUGCCAGAUCAAGAUGCCAACAAUGUUAAUUCUAAAGCUUCACUUGUGGCCGUUUCAGGAAAAUCUCUGCUUAAUGAAUGGAAAGAUUCAUCAUGUAUCAUGGCCUUGUUGGUUAAAGAACAAACCAGCAGCCCAGAAGCUCAUUCCUUGCCUGAAGCGGUGAAAUCCUUGUUACAGCAAUUCGCAGAUGUUGCUCCGCCAGAACUGCCUGUGGGUCUUCCCCCAUUGAGAGCCAUCCAGCAUCAAAUUGAAUUAGUGCCUGGAGCAAAUCUGCCAAAUCUACCUCAUUAUAAGUUGAGUUCGAAUGAGCACAACGUGCUGCAGCAAAUUGUCGAUGAGAUGCUGGAUAAACAGUUGAUCCAACCCAGCCUUAAUUCGUGCGCCGUACCAGCACUGUUAGUACCCAAGAAAGACGGCAGUUGGAGGAUAUGUAUGGAUAGCCGUUCCAUAAACAAGAUCACAGUCAAAUUCCGUUUUCCCAUGCCGAGGAUGGAAGACAUGCUAGACAAUUUGUCCGGGGCUCAAGUGUUUUCUAAACUUGAUUUGCGGAUAUCACCAAAUCAGAGUGCGACCUGGUGA